AAGUGACUGAGGUAUCUAGCUCUCUUUUGUUUUGAUCUGGAGUCAAGUCUGGUGUGGCGAAAAAGGCCGCGUGCCAAGGCCCAGCCCUAUUAUUAUUUAUUACCCAUGCCAAGUUCACCACAACUGAUAGGCACCACUCAGGGUCUCUUUACUCUCUAGUCACUCUUUAGCCCUCCGCCGUUAGAUUGCAUAUCUGUUGUCCGCUCAUCCACUCCGGCCUAACAUCCUCCUCAACUACCUAUUAAACUACCCCUGCGCUCCUCUGGGUUGCUCCAUCUCGUUCUGACACCCUCUUCUUUGUUCUCCGCUGUUCCCCAUGCGUCACGAUUACAUUCACUCGAUUGUCUCCUCCCGCGCGGGCUGAGUCUCGAGAGUGCUGCUAUGCCUACACCCGUCUACCACUUCUGACCUGGUCUCUCGCAUUGUUCGUUGCCCAUUUAACCAGCCUCCUCUUAUCCGCGUCAUCCGUCCCUUCCACGUUACACAACAUGGGGCGGGAACCGACCCCCUGGCGGCGUCCUUACCUGGCGAUGCCGUCGCGCAAAGUCACCAACAUUCUCGCCUUGAUUCUAUUCCUCGUCGUAGCCACCUCCGUCUUCAAAAUCGAGCUAGGUCCAUCUUCAUUUGACCCCUCCUCACUGUAUCACCACCACUCGAACAACAAUGAACCCGGCUUUUGGGACUGGGAGACGACCAGCCGCUUCCCUCGCGUCCAGAACUCCAUGCUGGAUGACGACCAACUCUGCGACUCGUUCCCCUCCUAUCUGCUGUCCCGCAUCCAGAUUGUUCUGAAAAUCGGCGCCUCGGAGCCGGCAGAUCGCAUCGACGCGCAAAUAUCUAGCGUGACCCGCUGCAUCCCAAACCUCAUCAUCGUGUCCGAUCGCGAGUCACAAAUCAAAGGCCAUCACGUCCACGACAUACUGGCGACCCUUCCCGAGUCCUUCCGCGCCAAUACCUCCGACUUUGACGCCUACGAUGCGCUUCAGCGAGGCGAUGACCGAUUCGUGGCGGGGCCGCAGGGAUGGCGCCUCGAUCGCUUCAAGUUUCUGCCCAUGGUCGAGCGCGCCCACGAAAUCAAUCCGACGGCGGACUGGUUCGUCUUUCUAGAAUCUGACACCUACAUGGUCUGGGAUAAUAUGUUCCGGUUGCUGGAUCAGUUGGACCCGCAUGUUCCGUUAUACCUGGGCUCUCCAUCUCCCGGACGGCGACUAAAUGAGGAGAAGGUCUCUUACUUCGCCUACGGUGGCUCCGGAUUUGUCAUUUCGAGCGCCGCCAUGAAGAAGCUGGUGUUCCGGGAGGUUGGGCUACAUGGGGAAUACAUUCAACCGCCACUGAGCCAGCAGUACGAGGAGCUCGUCAAAGCAGACUGCUGCGGCGACUCGAUCCUCGGCUGGGCAUUGCACGAGAAAGGUGUGAAGCUGUCGGGCUACUGGCCCAUGUUCAAUCCUCAUCCACUCCACGGAAUCCCGUUCGAUGAUGCACACUGGUGCCAGCCAGUGAUUAGUAUGCACAAGACAUUGUUGUCGGACAUGACUGGUUUGAUGCGAUGGGAGAAUCAACGUGAUCGAACUCGUCCUCUGCUGUACGCCGACUUGCUCGAGUAUCUAAAGCUGGGGAGCGUAGAUUACAUGCCUGACUGGGACAACGGCGACUGGGGCGGCUGGCAGGAGCCCCCCGAGUCGCCGGCACAUGGCUCCUUCGAGGCCUGCGAGACCGGGUGCCAUGAUCAUCCCGAGUGUCUCAGUUUCACCUAUGACUCCUCCGGACACUGCGUCUUUGUUCGGACCAUGCGGUUGGGCGCGAAGAAGACCUUGGGCGAUUCGAGCGUGCGGCUGUCAUCGGGAUGGGACCUGGACAAGAUCCAGCGCUGGCGGGCAUCUCACCGGUGCGAGAAGGCGCAGUGGGUGAAGCCCAGCACGAAGCGCAUCUUUUAGAGCGAGUGAUGGAGGGAUUUGCUGGGGGUGUCGGACCGGCGAAAGGUCCAUGUUUUUUUUUGACGAAUGUACAUAUGAUAGAUGCCCUGGAUCAUGCCAUAUUAAUUAUAAUAGAUAAUUCAUUGCUGGCCUC